GCUGGAGAGCUGGACACUGGAGCCACUUCUCACGUUCAGUCUGGGCCGCACAACAAGGGCUCUAUUAAUACGGCGCGCCCUAGUGGGCAGCUCAGAACCGCCAAGUCCGACGGCGGUCCCAGCCGGUCUUAGGCGCCGGGCAGAGCCCUGGGGACUUGACAGGAGGAGGAGGGAGAGAAGGGUUGGGGAAAAUCUAAAACUUUAGGGAAAGUCGCAGAAAUCCACGCCCUCUCGCUGUACCCACUUCUCCAAUCCGACAUAAGCCCUGUGUACCUUCCCACUGUGUCCCUAAGGUGGGUCCUGGCUCAGCGUUCACCUAGGACAGGAAGGGGAGAGAAAGGAAUUUGGGAUCCGUUAAGAGGCAUCCAAAUCUAGUCGCAUCAGACCCCCCCCCCCCCAUUCCUUCCAGCAAAGGGCAUACUGCCGACUCUAUUGAGGUGUGGGAUGGGGAAGAGAAAAGACAAAGGGAUUCAGGGGGUGAACUAAACCAGGAUAAUUGGGCAGAGCCCUCGAGACUCCCCCUGCCCAGGGAGGAGACGUAUCUCCAGACGUGAGGGGGUUAAGACUCGACAGCUCCACAUAGAAAGUUGGCUCCUGCGGCUGUCUGCGGUCUGGGAUACUGAAUAUAUAGGGCGGAGACCUCCGUCUUUUGCAGGACUCCGCUCCCGCCAGUUUAUCCCUCUGGUCCGGCAUUUCCACGACCAUGGCUCCCCCAGCCCUCCUGCUGGGUCUCUGUCUGCUGCUGGUCGGCUUCCUGCCCGCUCUGCACGCUUGCCCCCAGAACUGCCACUGCCAUGGAGGGGACCUGCAACAUGUCAUCUGCGACAACGUGGGGCUGCGCAAGAUCCCCAAGGUGUCCGAGAAGACCCGGCUGCUCAACUUGCAGCGCAACAACUUCCCAGUGCUGGCAGCCAACUCCUUCAAAGCCACCCCGGCUCUCGUCUCCCUGCAUCUCCAACAUUGCCAGGUGCGCGAAGUGGCUGCCGGAGCCUUCCGAGGACUAAAGCAACUCAUCUACCUGUACCUGUCCAACAAUGACAUUCGGGUGUUGCGCAGUGGCGCCUUUGACGACCUCACGGAGCUCACCUACCUCUACUUGGACCACAACAAGGUGAGCGAACUGCCUCGGGGAUUGCUCUCCCCUCUAGUCAACCUCUUCAUCCUUCAGCUGAGCAGCAAUAAGAUCCGAGAGCUGCGGCCAGGAGCCUUCCAGGGCGCCAAAGACCUGCGCUGGCUCUACCUGUCCGACAAUGCCCUGAGCACCCUGCAGCCUGGAGCCUUGGAUGAUGUGGAGAACCUUGCGAAGUUCCACCUGGACAAGAAUCAGCUGUCCACUUACCCGAGUGCUGCCCUGAGCAAGCUGAGAGUGGUGGAGGAAUUAAAAUUGUCUCACAACCCACUUAAGGUCAUCCCAGACCAAGCCUUCCAGUCUUUUGGACGAUACCUGGAGACCCUCAUUCUGGACAACAUGAACCUGGAGAAGUUCUCUGAUAGUGCUUUCUUGGGUGUGACUACCCUAAAACAUGUCCAUCUGGAGAAUAACCGGUUGAGCCAGCUGCCCUCUAAUUUCCCCUUUGACGGUUUGGAGACACUGACUCUGACCAACAACCCCUGGAAGUGUACCUGCCAGCUCCAUGGCCUUCGAAGGUGGCUGGAGGCCAAAACUUCACGCCCAGAUGCAACCUGUGCAUCUCCCACCAAGUUCCGAGGUCAACACAUCCGGGAGACGGCAGCCUUCCGAGGCUGUAAAUUCCCCACCAAGAGAUCUAAGAAAGCUAGCCGCCAUUAAACAGGUAAUGGAGUAUUGAGUCAUGAAGCAUGGGGAUGGAGUGGAGCUGUGCAUGGAUUAGUAAGAAGGUCCUUUCUUUCAUUCAUUUCCAUUACCUAGAAACAGGGUCUGAGGGGGUUGAAGGAGUUGGGUUCAGUGGGAGAAGAGAGGUUGGGAAAUGUAAUCCAAGAUACCAAAGGGUGACUGGUCCAUUGAUUGGACAAGGGGAUAUAGCUCAGGGACAGGUAACCCUUUCUUUCUAGGGGGAAGGGAGAGGUGGGAGAAGAAGGGGUGGGUUUAUCCUUGGGAGGUCUCUCUGGGAAGGGUUCCACCUAUGAUACAAUUCUCUGAGGAAUCUCCAAUUUUUUGGUUCACCUCCCUAUUCCAGGUCCUGGUUACUUUGAUCAUAGCUCCUUAUCCCCCUUUCACUUACACAUCCCCCUGAUCUGGCCAGUUCCAGUGACUGGCCUCUGUGUCUCAGUAGAGAAACUACUCCCAGUCAACUCCAUCCUCUCCCCCAAACCCCUCCCCUAUCAAUCCCUAGACACCCGGGGGAUGGCCUUCUGAGCCACAGUUCUUCAACAACCCCCAAUUCCCCUCUCCCAUCCCAGAUUAUCCCUGAUAGAGAGAUAGUCUGAGGUCAGGAUUACCAGCCCAUACAUUUAUUACAAGUCUUCCCCUACCACUUGCCCUCUGAAAUUGGAAAGCAGAAAUCUUAUUUCUCCCCACUCACACCCCACCCAAAGGGAUCACCCUUAAUUCUUUACAGCCCUACCAUGGAGAGAGAGACUCUUCCCCCUUGGCCCUGCCCUCGGGAAUCUCCAGCAGGACACCUGUGCUUUGCUGACCUGACCUUCCCUAUGUUAUAUUUCAUUCCCUCCUAGAUUUAUAUAAAUAUAUAUGUAUAAUAUUUCUUCAUCGCU